GCUUUCAAGGUCGUCUAUACUGCCAUCUACGUGCUACCACUCUACAUCUCACCCGCCAGCAGACCCUCACCGACGCUUUCUCGAGAUGAUCCUGCUGUCAUCCGUACCCGCAUAACUUCUGUCCUGUUCUCCACCGGGGUGUGCUCUGCCUUGACCUAUGUUAUCCUGGCUCGCCUACCUGACGGUGCUCUGCCCUUUGGUCCCCUCCAUGCCAUGGGAUACUGGCCGCUGGGUAUAGUUGAGUCUGCCGCAUGCCUGGCUCUCACCGCAACCCUGUUCGCUGCUCCCUUGUACGAGACUCUCCUCAUUGACGGCGUGUGGGAAGACUGGCGGGCUUUUGAUCCCCUGGUUCGCGUCUGGACCCAGUGGACGACGUGGCGUAAUAUCGUCAUGGGGCCUUUGACCGAAGAGAUGUUGUUCCGAUCGGCUUCGGUGCCGUUACUCCUCUGCGCCCGCAUGUCCCUGACCCAGACCAUCUUCAUGUCCCCCGUCAUCUUUGGUCUCGCACAUGUUCACCAUUUCUACGAAUUCCGCAUCAACCACCCCAAGGUGCCUUUAAUAGCCGCCGUUGCCCGUUCUGUCAUCCAAUUUGGUUACACGUCUCUUUUUGGCGCGUAUGCUACCUUUUUGUUCCUGCGGUCGGGGAGCUUGCUAGCCAUCGUGUUGGUGCAUGCUUUCUGCAACGCAAUGGGCCUUCCUCGCUUCUGGGGAGCCGUUGAGCCCUACUGGCACGCCCAUGGACACUACACGCAAGCUGAUAGUCGGAAAUGGACAUUUGUUUACUAUGUACUUUUAUUUACUGGUGCCUUUCUUUGGUGGAGUGGCCUGUUACCCCUGACUGAGAGCUCGGCGGCCCUGGUGUCGCAGGAUGCUUGA